GUGACCUCAGCUCACCCACUCAGCGCGUCCUCUCAAUCCUGGUUAUCAAAUGCACUCAGUGUCAUCAUUUUCCACAAGGAGGAAGUAAAAAAAAUGGGGAAAAAAAGAAGAAGAUGGGGAUGAGGAGGUUAAGUGUGUGGUGAAGUAAAGAGAGAGCGAGAGGAAGACGCUCAGACAGGAUGGCCGAGAGAAACAGAGCAAUGAUCGUGGUUUUUCUACUCUGUGUCAUUGCAGAAAAGAGAGCAGCAGAAGGCUACACUCUGGACGUGUGUGCCUCCUGCCACGCUAACGCCACAUGUGACGACAAGUCAGACGGUUCUGGCAAAGUUUGUAACUGCAAGUACGGGUUUGUUGGAAAUGGGAGGACCUUCUGUCAAGAUAAAGAUGAGUGUCAAAUAGGAGCCAGUAAGAUCUGUGGGCAACACACCACCUGCCACAACACAUAUGGCAGCUACUACUGUACCUGCCUGGCUGGCUACAGCCCUUCUAACAACAUGGCCAUCUUCAUCCCCAAUGAUGGAACCCACUGCCAGGACAUUGAUGAGUGCAGGAUCACAGGCCUGUGCGGAGAGGGAGGUCAGUGCAGGAAUCUUGAGGGCAGUUUUGACUGCAGCUGCCAGCUGGGAUAUCAAGUCCACAACGGAACGGAGCCCUUCCAUCCUCACAGAGACAAAGCUUCCUGCAAAGUGGUUGACUGUGGCCAUCCUGCCUUAGUGGAGGACACAGUGGUGCUGUCAGUCACAGGGACCACAUACAGCAGUGUGGCCAUGUUUGUCUGUGACAAAGGCUUUGUGUGGAGGAGGGGAGACAACCGCUCUGUGUGUGGAGCUGACGGACUGUGGAGAGGACCAACCAUGGUCUGUGAGGCCAAAUGUGGUCCGGUUCCCCUCCUUGCCAAAUCUGAGGUGGUGUGGCAUAACAGGAGUGUUGUGAUCCACCGCUGUGUGGAUGGAUAUCACAGCUGGAGAGGCAGCAACGUCUCCGUGUGCAACAGCUCUGGGGUGUGGCAGAGAGCUACACUGAGAUGCAUAGAAAUAAGCUGUGGCCCCCCACUUACCCUCCCCGAUACUAACCUCCUGUGGGAUCGCACCAGUAGACCGGGCAGUGUGGUGCUGUAUGAGUGCAUGGAUGGAUUUUACCAGGAGAGUGGAAAUAAUAUUUCAACAUGUUUACUAUCAGGACAGUGGGGGAAAGUAUCUGUGAAAUGCAAAGCCAAAUGUGGUCCGGUUCCCCUCCUUGCCAAAUCCGAGGUGGUGUGGCAUAACAGGAGUGUUGUGAUCCACCGCUGUGUGGAUGGAUAUCACAGCUGGAGAGGCAGCAACGUCUCCGUGUGCAACAGCUCUGGGGUGUGGCAGAGAGCUACACUGAGAUGCAUAGCCAAAUGUGGUCCGGUUCCCCUCCUUGCCAAAUCCGAGGUGGUGUGGCAUAACAGGAGUGUUGUGAUCCACCGCUGUGUGGAUGGAUAUCACAGCUGGAGAGGCAGCAACGUCUCCGUGUGUGGCAGCUCUGGGGUGUGGCAGAGAGCUACACUGAGAUGCGUAGAAAUCAAGCCAGCUGUCAAUCACUUAUUUGUCCUCAAUGAAAAAUGUCUGCACUGGAGAGCAGAGAAGUAUGAGGAGGAUACAGAAGUAUACAAGGUGACAUACAUAGGAUCCAGAGACUACCAGAAGUCAUUUCAUGACAGAAGGAAGCAGUUUCUGAGCUCUAAGGCUGACCAGCUGGAACUCUGUCUGAACCUGCUUCCAGUCACAAACUACAGCAUCUCCAUCACUGCGGUGUCUUCCAGAUUCACAGCCACCAUCACCACUAACACCAGUUUACCAGUGCCGACAGCACCAGUUGUCCACUACAGAGAAUUUACGACUCCUAUACCAACUUUGAGGCUACGCAGAUCACCCAACACACUGGACCCAAUAAGUUUGUACCAGGUGUUUGUGCUUCCUGUAGAGGGGAUUAUGAUGUUUGACUGUUCCUCUCCUGCGAGCUCAGACCCCUCAGUCAAAAUAAAGUCCUCCACAGAGUACAUCACUGCCCAGAUAGACGUCACACAUGUCGGCACAGAGAUGAACUUUACUGUCGGGGAUGGACUCUACUAUGGAGGCUUCUUUAAUGCACCACUGGAGAAUGGCAGGAACUAUUACAUCACCUUACGAGCCGUCAGUCAGUGGAAAUCGGCUUUAAAAAGUUCCUGUGUCCUGUGGGCUAAAGUAAGAGGUACAUCCUAUGUUCUGAUGGUUUCAUCUCUGUCCGCUGCUGCAACAAUAGGACUGGUUGCCUUCAUCAUUUUGGUUGGAUACAGUUUCACCUGGUUUUUCAAGAGCAAAUGACACUGCUGAUGUUUAUUUGUCAGUAUGACAAAUUAAAUACAGUCUUGGCUUCCUAUCAGUACA